AAUGUUUAUCCAGAAGAAAAACACUUGACCAUCAAAAAAAUGACGUCGACAGAAAGCAGAAGAAGAACAAAUUAAACAUAUCUUUGUCGAAGCAAGCGCGUUUGCGUCUCUGUUUCAUCCAUUAACAUCUCUCUGUCCUUUCGCUCAAAGCUUCUCUGUUCCCCCACGUCUCUGUUUCUUCUCUCUUAUCUCUCUCUAACCAACAAAACAGAACAUUAGAAACAUAUCAUCACUAUACGGAGUUUACAGGCAGACGAUCGUUCACCAGUCUACUUUGUUCGGCUUGAUAAACCGAGAGCUGUAGACGAUCUCUACAUAGGCAAGAGAGAAAAGAUGCGUAGGUGGUUGUGCUGCGCUUGCCACGUCGAAGAGCCUUACCAUGCUUCUGAAAACGAGCACCUGAGAAGCCCUAAGCACCAUAUUGAUUACGGGUACAAUAAAAGAGCACCUGUUGCUUUGAAGCCAGCUGCUUUAAAGGAGCCACCAUCCAUCGACGUCCCUGCAUUGUCAUUAGAUGAGUUGAAAGAGAAGACAGAUAACUUCGGAUCAAAGUCUUUGAUCGGUGAAGGAUCCUACGGAAGAGCCUACUACGCAACUCUGAAAGACGGCAAAGCUGUAGCAGUCAAGAAGCUUGACAACGCAGCCGAGCCUGAAUCAAACAUCGAGUUCUUGACUCAAGUCUCAAGGGUCUCUAAGCUGCACCAUGAGAAUUUCGUCCAGCUCUUUGGUUACUGCGUAGAAGGGAACCUCCGCAUACUCGCUUAUGAGUUUGCAACCAUGGGGUCUUUGCAUGAUAUCUUACACGGGAGGAAAGGUGUCCAGGGAGCACAGCCAGGUCCAACUCUUGAUUGGAUCCAACGGGUGAGAAUCGCUGUUGAUGCAGCAAGAGGGCUUGAGUAUCUACAUGAGAAGGUUCAGCCUGUGGUUAUACACAGAGACAUUCGUUCCAGCAAUGUGCUUUUGUUUGAAGAUUUCAAAGCCAAGAUUGCUGAUUUCAAUCUGUCUAAUCAGUCUCCUGACAUGGCUGCUCGUCUUCAUUCGACAAGAGUCUUGGGAACGUUCGGUUACCAUGCACCGGAGUAUGCUAUGACUGGUCAGCUGACGCAGAAGAGUGAUGUUUACAGUUUCGGUGUGGUGCUUUUGGAGCUUUUGACUGGUAGAAAGCCUGUUGAUCAUACAAUGCCUCGCGGCCAGCAGAGUCUUGUCACUUGGGCCACUCCGAGGCUAAGUGAAGACAAAGUGAAGCAGUGUGUUGAUCCUAAACUCAAAGGAGACUAUCCUCCUAAAGCAGUUGCAAAGCUUGCGGCUGUUGCAGCGUUGUGUGUGCAAUAUGAAUCAGAGUUUAGGCCGAACAUGAGCAUUGUGGUAAAAGCUCUGCAACCGUUGCUGAGGUCAUCAACAGCAGUACCUGUUCAAUCACAGGGGAUAUGAUUCUUCUAUGUAAUAAUGAGAGAUUGGUUUUCUGUUUUCAUGUGUUUGCCAUAUCAUAUACAAAUAUGUUCUUCAAAAGUCUUUUUGUCGUCUCUUCUUCUAUGUUUGCUGGAGUUGUUCGAUUCUUAUAAAAGUAUUCUAUAUAUUUGUGUUUUUUUCCUC